AUGAGUCUCUCUCCUAAGGACAAGUCCACCGUCAAGGCUUUCUGGGCCAAGGUAUCUCCCAAGGUGGAGGAGAUCGGAAGCGAUGCUCUGUCCAGGAUGUUGGUGGUUUACCCCCAGACCAAGACUUACUUCUCCCACUGGAAGAGCCUGGAGCCCGGCUCCCCUGACGUCAGGGAGCAUGGAAGGAUCAUCAUGAACGGAGUCGGAGAAGCCGUGGGCAAAAUCGAAGACCUUAAAGGAGGUCUGCUGAACCUCAGUGAGCUGCACGCCUUCACCCUGAGGGUUGACCCUGCUAACUUCAAGAUCUUCAUCCACAACAUCCUUGUGGUAUUGGCCAUCAUGUUCCCCGUCGAGUUCACCCCUGAGGCUCAUGUGGCCUUGGACAAGUUCCUGGCUGCCGUGGCUCUGGCUCUUGCUGAGAAAUACCGAUAA